AUGGCGGAUGAAAGCACAUCUAGUAGGGUUACAAGAGGUAUCCCACAUACUCUUCAAAAUUUAGAUUCCCCUUCUUUUGAUUUGGGUAUUUCUCAGCAACAACAUGAUGUUGAUGCAGCUUCUGCUGAGAAAUUUGUUGCUGAAAGGAGAUCUAAGAAAAUCCAUGAUCCUUCCAGAAUCAGAAUUCCUUCAACUGCCUCCAAAUUCCUGGUUAAACGUCCCCCCACUCAACCGAUACGUUAUGCUUCAUAUAUGAACCAUAACAUUAAAGAUGAGUUGAAGGAAAAACUGACAGAUAGACAAUUCAAUCUAUUUUCCAAAACUGUUUUUGGAAAAUAUAUGCAGAUGCAAGUUGACACCGAGGUGCAGGGUAAGUUAUUUAGGUGUUUUAUGGUUAGGGAGUUGAAGCGUAGUAAUAGCGAUGCGUUUGUUAUCGAUAUUAACGGGACCGAAUUGACAUUCGGUCUUUUUGAAUUUGCUUUAAUUGCUGGUUUGAAGUGUUACGGGGAUGAAGUUAUUUUUGACGAGGGUUCUAACAGAUUGUUGGAUCAAUAUUUCGGUGGUUCUGGUAAUAGUAUUUUAAAGAUGACUUUAAAUAAGUGCUUUGAAGACAAGGAUUGGGGGGUUGGUGAUAACGCAGAUGAAGAUGCUGUAAAGAUUGUUAUCCUGUAUUUCAUUCAUAAUUACAUACUUUCAAGUGAAAAGAGAAACGUCACAGUCCCAAGACAUCAUUUUGACUUGGUGGAGAGUGAACAGUACAAUGAACAUACUUGGGGUAAGGAAGCAUUUGAUGAUUUGAUUAAGAGUAUUCACCACAAGAUGGACAAGCCGAAGCAGUUUUAUUGUCUACGGGGUUUCCCUUUUGCGAUGCAAGUGUGGAUAUAUGAGUGUUGCUCUAAUGUUGACCCUAAUUUAAUGGUUAAAACCGGAAGCCGAAUCCCAAGAAUGUUUAAUUGGAGAACAGUGAACCCAAAGCCAUCUGUUAACUACUUGAUGUUGGGCAUGUUUAAGGACGGUGAGGACAUUAGUUGUAAAUUCAACAACAUUGUUCCGACCAUAUCAGAGGUUGAGAAGCUUGGUCUGCGUGCAUAUCUGGUCAACAGACGUGCACCACCACCCCAAACACACCAAGAGGAGGAAAAUGAAUAUGCUGAUUUUACCACAACACCUCCCCAUGUUGCCGCUGCCAAGAAAACUCAAAAGAACGAUGCUUCAAAAUCUCCACCGCACAAGAAGCCCAGGAAGAUGUCGACGGCAGCAUUGCUUGUUCAGAAGUCACCAAUAACUAUCCCAAAAAAACCUACAGUUGGACAAUCAUCUAAAAAAUCUGCUUCGGUGGUAGAUAAGCCAGUUCAAUCAAAGGAAAAAGAAAAAGCUGCUCCAAGUGUCCACCGCGUUCCUGUUGACGACGUAUCCACCAGCAAAUCAGUUGACCUCACAAGUUUGAGGCAUGAACUUAAUCAAUUUAAGCAGGAAGUGCUUGCUGAAUUCAAGGUUGUUUUUACUGAGCUCAAGGAUCUUCUCAAAACUAUUGAUAAAAAUUUCAAAAAGGUUUUGGAACAUGUCAAAGGGAAACAAAACUCAGAAAAGGAUGAUGACAGUGAAACUCAUGUUCCUUUACAUGAUGGCAACAUACAUCAACAAGCUGAUGAUUACAUGGACCAUGGUGACGAUAUUCACAUGGAGACUGAUACGGGUGAUGUGCAUCCAACAGAGGAGAAGGGUCUUGCACCGGAUAUUCAAGUCGGUAUUGGCAAUGAUAGCGGCGAUACUCUGAAAGCUUCAACCGAAGAGAUUGCGGAAGGAGGUGAUCAUGCAGGAGAACCGAAGACUUCGGUUGAACGUCCGGUGGAUCCAACAGAGGAAAAGGGUAUUGCACCGGAUAUUCAAGUUGAUAUUGGCAAUGAGAGCGGCGAUACGAUGGAAGCUUCAACCGAAGACAUUCCAGAAGGAGGUGAUCUUUCAGGGGAACCGAAGACUUCGGUUGAACGUUCGGGGAAACAUACUAUGGAAGAGCAAAAAUGUUCUGAUGAUUCAAAUAAUUCUGAGAUGAUCGCACAGGUGCUAGCAAAUAUAGCAGAAUCAGAAAUGACCAACGAACAAGUUCACGCAGAAAAAACCGAGGAAAACACCAGCUCAACUGUCUUAGAGGAACCCCAGGCAGCAGUUUGUAACGCGCAACCGUUGUCUCAGUGGUUGUUGCCUGAUGAAAAGAACAACGAAGACCAUUACAAAAAAAAAUGGCAGUUUUUGACAAUGGAGUCAAAUUCAAUUUUGGCAUCACAACUGUCAAUGAUAAGAACUAGUUUUACCUAUUAUCGAUGGAUGGUCAGCUUUGGAAUGACGAGAGAUGGAUGUAUUUCAGUACAUUCGGUCUGCUGUGUUUUUGUAAAAUACAGAGAGCACAUUGACGUCAUUUUCUAUUACUUUCGGAAGAAAGGAAAGUACGAUAAAAGGAACAAUUUCAGCUUCACCACUGUUGACUGCCUAUUCAAGCAGAGAAUUGAUGUGGUCCACCACGCAUAUCGCAAUGUUGAAACACAGACAAAUGUGGCAAAUGAAGAGCAAGUAUUGAUUGAGUAUGUUAAGGGCCACAGGCUUAUUGCCAAUGUCGCGUGGCAUACCGUUGACAACGUGCUAAUACCGGUGAAUAUACAAGAAGAAAAUCAUUGGUUAUUGGUACUCCUUUCAUUCAAGGAUAGGGACUGUGGUGUUUUUGUGGCAGCGUAUGCCGAGUAUUUGACAUCGGGUGAAAGGAUUCCAGAUGUCAUUGAUGCACACAUGCAGCGUAUGAGAUACGGUGCACUCUUAUGGGACUACGCUGAAGGCAAGGUUGCUGACAAUGCAGAGAGUGAUAAUGAAGUUCCACCAAGACCGAUUACGCCAGCAAUCGAUUACGACACUGUAGAUGCAAUUGAUGUUUGA